CUGCACUACAAACUUGACGGACGUACAUGAGGACAGCGCACCGAUAACUUAUCUUAUUGCUGGGCUGGUGGAAAAUUCAUAACACUUUGGAGGUUGAUUUGUGGAUUAUCUGCACCAGACCUCAACAUAGCUGUUUGACGGACCACAAUGGCUGUGUACUCCAGACACCUGGAUCUCUCCUUGCCUUGACAAUACAGUUUACAAUUAAACGUGAGAAAGACAAACAUCUCAUAAUACUUAGCACCAACCAGGAGUUUCUUUGUUGAACUGUUUCUGUUCUUGUUGAGUAUUAUAUCACUGAGCGACUUCAUCAGACAUCACCAUGCCUAUCCUCAAGCAGCUAACCUCGAACCAGUCUAAGCGUCGCUCCCGAGCCGAUCUGACUGCAGAGAUGAUCAGUGCCCCUCUCGGGGACUUCAGACACACCAUGCAUGUAGGUCGUGGCGGCGAUGCCUUUGGGGACACCUCAUUCCUGAGUACCCGGUCUGGGGAGCCCCCUAAAGAACCAGCUCCAGAGGUGCAGCAGAUCUCCCCUGGACCUGUCCCCAAACCAGGCCUGCUGUCCCGAACCUUCAGGAGCAGUAAGCGCUCCCAGUCGGUGAACCGUGGCGAGAAUGCGUUGGAACCCCCUGGUGGCUCGCCAAACUUUGUGAAAAACGCCAUCUCACUGCCCUACCUCAACGACGAUGAUGCGGGCAGGAUGGGCGGUGGUCCCCGGAUGCCCAAGAGCGUCUCCUCCAGCCCUCUGAAGAAGCUGCCCGAGGUCGAAGGAAUCAGAAAACCGGUCAACGGUGCCGCGGCCAUGGACCUGGAGUUCGAUGAGCGGAACUUCGGAGAACUGACUGACCUGCCACCGUCCCAUCUUCGAGGUGGUGGGAUGAAGCAUGCGGAGUCCAUUAUGUCGUUCCACAUCGACCUGGGUCCCUCUAUGCUGGGAGACAUCCUCAGCGUCAUGGAGAAGAAGGGCUGGGAGGAGGACGACCUGGGAUACGAGGAGGGGAAGGGCAGCGAGGGCCGUGGGUCACCCCCCCUCAGUCCUCCCACCACGGAGGACAAUGUUGAGGACCAGGUGGAUCUACAGCCGCCAGUCAGGCCCCCACGCAGCACCUAUCCCCAGCAGAAAAUCAUGGCAGACCCCCCCAACACCCCUCCCAGGAACUACCACAGCCACCUGGACAGCUGCUCUUUUUCCUCCUCCGGCUCCGCCGCUCUUGAGGAGAAACCACUCCACCACAUGCAGGAGGGGGACACGGACAGCGCCAAGUACAGCUCUCCGGGGGUUGGGGGGGAGGAUGACAAAGACUUCUCCUUCAUGGACGAGGACGAAGAUGAAAUCAGGGUGUGAAACAAAACAGGGCUGUAACACCACCGACACAGAACGUGAUUUAUAAAGACACCAGAACAUGGUUUGCGAGGACACGGCUGGAGAUGCGUAUUCUUCAUGAGUUUUGAAGCUAGUACAAGCCUGGGAGGGAAGGGUUGGUGCACCUACAUUUUUACAUAUGGAUCUAUCCAGAGAAUCUCUAUGUGCACACCUUAUUCUGCUAUACUUCCUGUAUUAGGAUUCAAUCACUCACCAUCUGUUACUGAGCCUUAUUCACUCCAGUGUGUGUGUGUGUGUGUGUUCUACAGUUCACGGAAAACAAAAUGCCUGUCCUAUGAGUCCUUUUACUCUAGCCAUUACAGAAUUCCACACACACACACACACACACACACACACACACACACUAGUUAUUGGUUUGAGGGUUUCCUUUUGUAGAAAUACGAUCUGUCAUUAUGAUUAUCUAAUCCCACAGUUCCAAUAUGUCAUCAGUGUGUUUAUGCUUUAAGGGGGCACAUCUCAAGGAUCUCAACCCUCAUAUCCACUUAUAUCCAACAUGAACAUAUCCCACCCACACCCCCAUUGUCUUUUCAUCCAGAGGAUUUCCCUUCCCUAACAUUCCUUAUAGCGCAUUAAUAAGGAAGGGAAAGCCAACCACCAACCAGCGGUCUUCACACUGUCACAUUUUUUAAAAGUGGAAGUAUGGAGGUUGACCGAGGUCACUUUUGAUCAAACGGCAGUCCUCCUCGAGGGAGGUGUGAUGCGUUAGGUGGAGGCCGGGUCAUAUGAUGUAAUGGGAUGAACGGUAUGUUUCUCACACAGCUUUGGAGGAAGGAAGAGGGGAAAAAGAAAUGAAGAAGAGAAAAGUAUCCCAGGGUUUAGCUAGCGUAGCCGCAUAGCCUUGGGGCCUUGAAUUAAUUGUGUGUGUUGAGUGAAGUGAGAAUCGUGAGAUGCAGUUAAAAUAUUGGUUUGUUAAUGUUCAGAAGUUUAAGUUUUUUUUUUCUACGUUUAUACAUUGUAUGCACAUACAUACAUAAUUGGUCUUCUACAUCAUUGGUUUGUCUUCUAGCAGGUUCUAAAUCAAUGUCACAACUUGGUGGUUCAUUAUUCUAACCAUUAGUCAGCUUUAGUGUCAACUGUUCACUUACAAUGGACCAGUUUUCUAAACAUGCUCUAUACAUGCCCAACACACUCUGAUGUCAUAAAUGAGCCAACAGUUUCAUUUGUUAGUAACUACUUAUUGGAUGUGCCCUGUUUUAAGUCACCAUUUUGAUUAAAGGGAGCUUUGUUAAAGUUAGGGUGGAUUUUGGAGAUUUUAGUUCAUCCAAGCCUAAGGUACUAUCCAACCCAGUGAGACAAUUUAGGCCUUAGCUUUGGAGUUGUUUGUUAGGCCAUGAGUCCAUGACACUUUGUUAGCUCAGAUCAAUGGACUCAGUAGAAACAUAGAAACACACACAACAACACUGAUCUCAGUCAUAUUUCCCCUGCUAGCACUGCCAAGGUAUAGCAAGAUGGCUCACUCCCUAAAACACUACUGUACAUAAAGAAUCACUUUUUUUUUAGUUUUCAUGUACAUUUUUCUCUCUUUUUUUUGGCUUUACUUAUUAUUAAGGACAAAUGUCAAUUUUGCUAAGAAAAUUUGCCCUUUUUGUUGCCGCUUUCGUGUCCAGUAGCACUUUUAUUGUACAUAUGUUUUAGAAACCGAUUUUAAAAGACAAUUUACAGUAGCAGAGAAAGUGGUUGUGAACAAGUGGUGACUGUACAAUAGUAGACUGUCAUGUCUACAGAUGUAGGAUCUUAAUUUGAGCCAGUUUGCUACAAAUAAUCCUGCAGCAACAGGAAAUGUGAGUUAUUAUGUGGAUUAUAAUUCAU